AUGGGGUUCCGCCUCGACCGCACGUCGCUGCUGCCAGGUUUCGCAGCCCUAACAGCGACUGCCGCGACGCUCCUCGGACCUCUUCGCGCCCACAAGCUCAUCGUUGAUGGCGACGAGUCGCGGCUCACGUCGCACAUCGCGGUCGUCCUGCGCAGCGUGGCGAGCGAAAGUCCAACCAUGGGUCUUCUCCGAGACGCCGUCACAGCACACGAUCGUGCGCAUGGAACAGGCUGCACGCUGCUGGUCAACCUCGUCCACGCCUUCGCCGAGGCAGCGCUGGUGCUGCAAGCCCAGUCGAUCGAUCCCAUCGACAUUGCAUCGCGCUUCCAGGACGCGCUGGCCAUUGCGCUGGCGACCUGUGACCGCAUGGUGAUCAACGUCCACGAGUGGCUCCGCGAGGCCUCGUUUCAGUCCGCAAGAGGAAGCCCACUCGAGGCGCUCGGGGCGGCGCUCAUCUCCGACGAGUGGGAAGAAGCCAUGGCGAUGGCCCUCGCGAUCGCCCACAAGAUACCGUCGCUACUCUCGGACGCGUAUCGCUCGCUCACUGCUGUGCACUGGUAUCCGACUGCUGGCGCCACGAAUACGCGCUUGGUCGAUGGACUGGUCGUGCCGGUGGAUCUCGCGCCGUCGCUCGCGCGGUCGCCGACCCAUGUGGCCUCGAUGGUGCUCAUCGACGGGUCGAUCGCCUUCUCCCAAGCGCUUUGCGAUGCCCUUGUAGCGAGUCACGCCGACGGACUCGUUGCCGCUUAUGGCAUCGACGCCCAGCUCGACGACUGGUGCCGUGCUCACCAUGUAGUAUGCUUUGCUACGCUGCAGCUCCACGCGGUCGCAGCUGCGUUUCAAGUGCCCGUGUUUGAGAGCACAUCGGUGUUUGUCUCGUCGCCGCAGGUGUCGCACCUGGCGCCGUCCGUGCUUGUGCAGCGAUACCAAGGCAGUGGCGCGGUCGAUAGGACGGCAGAAGACGACGAACCGACGAUGGGUUUUCUGCAGCUGACGCGGCCCGGCCUGCGCCACGUCUCGCUUUUCGUCCGGCGGAGCUGCUUGUCGCUCGCGCAGGACGCUGUCAAGACGAUACAAAGCUGCUUGGCUCGGCUCCACCACGCGCGCUACGAUGAUCGCAUGCUGCCGGGUGGCGGCGCGGUCCUUGUCGCGAUUGCAGCGGCGCUGCAAUCGCGAGAGAACCUUGCAGUGAUUGCCACGGCGUUCGAGUCGACCGGCUUGCAACUGCUGCAGAACGCUUCGUCGUUGCCGUAUUUAGAAGCCAAGAGCACUUGGCGCCGCGUCUACGCAGCGUACCGCGCGGGCUUCCACGAGAGCGACAAGUUCUUAGAAACGGCAUUCUACGGCCGCCAAUUGCGGCUCCUUGACGACCACCGCGUGCGCUUUGACAGCUACGUUAGCACCAAAGACGGGCUUCGGGCCGCCACGCGCCUCGUGACGAUGACGGCCAUGCUCGGGCCGGCCGUCAUCAACGUUCCGUGA